UAAGAAUCAAUUGUAUACCUACACAAUUUAUUACUAUAAUUUGUAUAAUUUAUCUAGAUCGGUUACAUAAUAUUUGUCUAUUCUUUGUUGUUAAGAAGUUUUUAUUUUUUAUCAAACAUUAAAAGAAUGACAGGUGACGUUUGUUUUCUACAAACGUCACCUGUAAGCCUUGAAAUGUUUAAAAACUGGUUGUCUACUGAUUGUCGAACCGUGCACACGAGCACCAAUAAAUCUGUUAUUAUCGAAGACAUCCUCGUUUUAUUUGUGGAAAUUCGAAGUGAUAUUACAUUUCAGAAGUGGGAUCAAUAAAAUCUACUUGUAAUUUCCGCGCCAAAGCCAUUCUGUGGUGAUAAAAUAUUAAAUUGAAGAUCUUUUAGUGGCGAAAAUAUGAAUAGUGAUUCCGAUCGUAUGACACCUACUCGUGAACAACGCCGUAGAAGAAAAUCUAAGGUUACGAAGUCUAGAAGUCGGAGCAGUAGUCAUUCAACGAGACUGAGGCGUGAUCGCAGAUGUCGAAGUACGACGCGUGGCAACGGACACGUACAGUCCGUUCACCGCAUGACGAACAUGGUGGCAGUUCACGCGAUGAAUAUUCUGGACGACGUGCGAGGUCAUCGAGGGGCCAUGGUACACCGAGUAUCGGCGCGAGCAGACGGCGAUCCAGAAGCAUUUCACCGAGACGUACACACGUGAGUCGUUCCGAUUUUAAUGAUAGUACUACGGAGUUAUUAUUGACAAAAUUGAUUGAAUCUAUUUCUAAUAACCGUCCGGAAGGAAAUAAAUUCCCCAUGUUAGGAAAUGUUAUUCCAGAGUUUGGUCCCAUGAUCAAAGGCCAAACUAUUAAUUCUUGGCUUAGCAAAGUGGAGGAAUGUGCACGAUUAUAUAAGUGGGGUGAAGAUCAGAUAAUUCACUAUGCACUUCCUAAACUGAGUAGCGUAGCAAAAUCAUGGUAUCAAACACUGCCGUCAAUGUCGUUUUCAUGGCCUGAGUGGAAAGUUAAACUGUUAAAAUCCUUUCCGCAUAGUGAUGAUUACGCUGAAUUGUUGACUGAGAUGUUAUCCCGAAAAGCUAAAUAUAAUGAUUCUUUGGAACUAUAUUAUUAUGAUAAAAUAAACCUUUUGAACCGUUGCGAGAUAAAAGGAAAACGUGCAGUGGACUGCUUACUAUACGGCAUAGAAGAUCGAUCAUUGAGGUUAGGAGCUAAAGCUGCGAAAUGUACAGAGCCAGAACAAGUAUUGGAAAAUUUUCAAUCGAUCAAACAACAACCACGAGAUUCGGAAAUCAGGUUAAAGACCUCUAAUGACAAGAAACCUACCGUUACAAAUGUUAAUUUGAAUCAAACGACACAUUCGAAAGUUAGCCGUCUGCGCGAAAAUACAGGACCCGUAGUUUGUUACAACUGUAAUGAAACUGGCCAUUAUAGUUUCAGAUGUACUAAGAAAAUACUCAAAUGUAAUAUUUGUAAUAAAUUAGACAUUUAUCAACUAAUUGUUCGAAAUUACCAGCUAAUGAUAAUAAUAAGUCAGAUUCCUCCAAAGAACAAUGAACAAGGUUUUAUCAAAACUCGACUACACUCUUAUUUACAUGGAUGAUGUUCUCAUACCAGCGCGAACAUUCGAGGAGGGUUUGACUAGGUUGGGAGAGGUCUUAAACGCGAUUCGUGACGUAGGGCUUACUCUUAAACUAAGUAAAUGUUUCUUCUUUUACGAACAAAUUGAUUUCUUGGGUUUUGAAGUCAGUGGAUCAGGUAUACGACCAGGGUCGCGAAAAUCGAAUGCCGUUGCAAAUUUUCCGACACCAAAAAAACGUCCAUGAGGUCAGCCGAUUUUUAGGUCUCGCCAGUUUUUUUCCGAAGGUUUGUGAAAAUCUUUUCCUUAAUCGCACGACCUUUAACCGACUUAUUAAAAAAACAUUUCGACUGGAAGUGGACUGAAGAACAUACGAACGCGUUGUAACCCUUAAGAAAAUGUUAAUGGACAGACCGAUUCUUGCGUUGUACGACUCGAAACUGGAGACAGAGUUGCACACCGACGCCUCAAAAUAUGGCAUUGCAGGCAUUUUAAUGCAGCGUGGUAGUGACGGGCUUUUAAGGCCCGUGGCGUAUUAUAGUCGGAAAACUACUAGCGAUGAACAAAAAAAUGUACUCCUAUGAUUUAGAAACGUUAGCAGUGGUAUCAUCAUUGAAUAGAUUUCGCGUGUAUCUGUUGGGUUUAAAAUUUAAAAUUAUAACUGACUGUAAUGCGCUACGGACAGCUAUGACUAAACGAGACUUAGUACCGAGAAUAGGGCGUUGGUGGAUUCAACUCCAGGAAUUUGAUUGUGAAAUCGAGUAUAGAUCCGGUUUAAAAAUGACGCACUUGGACGCCCUCAGUCGCGCUCCGGUAACUGAGCCUGAAGUUACUGCUAGACCUCAUGUCAUUGAUGUGCUUGCUAUCGAAGAAAAAGAUUGGAUCGCGACAGUGCAAAGUACUGAUGAAUACGUUAUGAGAAUUAAAGAAAUUUUAUCAAAUAAAGAAACACAGUCUAUUGCGGACGUCCACAAAAAUUACCAAUUAAAAGGCGAUCACGUAUACAAAAUAGUGGACAAUGGUGUUAAGUGGCUAGUUCCAAAGUCCGUUUGGUGGCAACUGCUACGAAUGAACCACGAUGACGUAGGUCACUUCGGCUAUGAGAAAACAUUAAAAAGACUAAAAAGUUCAUUUUGGUUUCCUAAAAUGCGUCGAUUUACUAAGAAAUAUGUUGCCGCAUGUCUAGAAUGCGCUUACCAUAAGACACCCGGUGGAGCUAAAGAGAGAAUGCUGCAUCCCAUUCCCAAACCUGAUAUCCCCUUCCAUACCCUGCAUGUC